AUGGCGGCGCCCCCCGGGCCGCGCAAGCGGAGCGGCCCCGCGCUGAGCGGGGGCAGCGGCGCCGGGGCCGCCCCGCCGGGGCUCCGCAAUGGGCUCCCCCCGCACAAGCGCCCCAAGAGUGCCGCGGCCGGGCCCGCCGACCCCUUCGGUGACAGCGACGACUUCACGGCGGACGACCUGGAGCAGAUCGACAUCCUGGCCUCGCAGGCGCUGUCGCAGGAUCCGCCCGCGGGACUCGCGUGGGGACCCCCGGGGCUGCCCCGGGGCGGGCGGGAAGCAGAAAGCAGAGCAGAAGAUGGGCUGAUGAGAGAUGCAUUCCAGUUUGAAGUACUGCAGACACAGAAUGAAGAAAACAAACAGAAGCUGAAAGAAAUGCAGGAUGAAAUUCUCACUAAAAAUGGAGAAAUUAAAAUUCUGCGUGACUCACUGCAGCAGAUGAGGUUUGCUGUGGAGGAACAGAAAAGAUCAUACCUGCUACUGGAACAGCAAAAAUCUCAGACCUUGAGUGAAAAAGAAAAAGAGUUCUCCAAAAAGUUGCAGUCGUUGCAGUCAGAGCUGCAGUUCAAGGAUGCAGAAAUUAAUGAGUUAAGAACACGACUUCAGAACUGUGAAAGAAAUAAACAUGUUGUUACUCAGACAGUUCCAACAACAAGCCCUAAAAAGAAUUUUGCAGUACAAGUGAAACCAGAAGGAUGUUCUCCACAGCCUGGAAGAAGAUCUUUUCCUACAAAAGAAUCCUUCAGUGCUGAAAUGUCCACUAGACCAUCGUGUUCUUCAGGAAAUUUGAUGGCCCCAACUAGUUCAAUCAAAGAAGACAGUAAGAUGACCCAUCCUGAAGUUUCAUCUGUGAAGCACCAGGAGGCAACGGGAAAAAACGGUUCCUACAACUCUGCACCUAAACGGAGCACACGAGGUUCAAUCUUACUGAAUGCACUGAUGAAGCAGCCCAUUGUCCCUGGGUCAUUACUAGGAUUGUGCCAUCUCCUCAGCAGCAGCUCUGAGCCUCUACCUGGAGCUGUGUUGCAGCCUAACUCUCUGGAUAGGAAGUCCACACAACACCCCAGCAGCAGGACAGCGCAAGAAGAAACCGCUCCUCUCGUGUCCCUGCAAGAAGCUCAAAAACUUGCAAUAACAGGAUUGAACUUGAUCGCUAUGGACCAAGGAUCAGCUGAAGGAAGCCCAGCAGAAGGGCAGGGAGGGCUCCUGCCCCUCCCACAGUGCAGGAUCCGAGGAGCUGUGCACCUCCUGCCCCUGGUGGAACACCACGUCGGUGCCUAUUGCCGGGCGGGACAACUGCCGGACACGGCCGGGAAUGGUUCCUGUGGAAACCAUUCCACUGUUUCUUCCAGAACCAGCACAAGUUCGGUGUCGAGUAAGGAGGACUCCAGGUUGUCUCUUGAGGAAACUGCAGUUAUAUCACUGGGAAUCCUUUAUUACUUGGUGUUCUAUAGCUGGGACGUUGUCCACACAUUGCUGGCUGCCGGAGUGGAAAAAGGUGCUGCUGCUGCUGCUGGAGACAAACAGGUUUCCAAGAUGGACAAAAAUGUGUUGUGUGACAAUCAGUGUGAUAAUAAAGAAGAUACCAGGACACAAGGAGGGCUGCCUGCAGCUCCACAGGAUGCUCCCAAUAAUGAUCGAGCUCAACAUUCUUUAUUUAAAAAGCUUCUUCAGGUUUUAGCUUUUUCUGCUGCAAGGGGUUCCCAGACUGACAGAAUCCUGAGCCAGAGCCUACAGGUUUUGGUGAAAUUAGCUGAAAAUUCAACAAUGGACUUGCUAAUAAAUUUUCAGCAGUUGCUGAGCAGCCAGACCCUGCUGCACUGCCUGUGUCCAGAGACCCCCCUGCCUGCUGUCCUCCUGACCGUGAGACUGCUGGGUGUCCUCUCUCAGCACCAGGGCUUGGCUGCUCAGCUGUGCUCUCACUCAGACACCUGCCUUCUCCUUGCACUGUACAUGUACAUAACAUCAAGACCAGAUAAAUCAGCAUCUGAAACGCUUUGGCUUCAGCUGGAACAAGAGGCUGUCCGGCUCCUGACCCGGCGCACGAGGUGCUCCAGAGCAGCACUGCUGUCACCUGGCACAGCCUGUCAGUGCAACCUCGAGGUGGUUAAGGCACUAAUUAUAAUGUUACACAGGCAGUGGAUGAAGAUGAGAAGAGCUGAGAACAGCUCGUGUGCACAUAAGGAGCAAGUUAUUCAGUUUUUACGAGAUGCUGUUUUACUCUUGCACAGCCUAUCUCAGAAAGAUAAGCUGUUCCAUGAGCACUGCUUAGAAGUUCUCCAUCAAUAUGACCAAGCCAUGCCAGGCAUAAGAGCCAUUCUCAAAAAGACUAAAAAACUGAGUGCCUGUGAAGAGCUGAUUUUGGAUGAGUUGUAUCCUUCUGAGCCAGAAGACCAAGGAAUGGACUCCAGCUAGCCAACAUCUCACACAGAUCUGUCCUUCCUCAUCUGAAUCAUCCUAAUCAUUGCCAGUGCAAAUGUGAACUUUAAAUCAUCCCUUUGUUAAGUGACAGCCUAAAGGUUGCAUUCAAAGGCAGCACAACUAAGACACAUUUCUUUGCUGUAAUUAUUUCAGUGCCAUCGAAAUGUAGCUGAAAGUAAACAAAUUUUGAGAUGAGAAUGACACUGCAAUGGACUUAUGAUUGGCCCUGGUUAUGAAUUUCAUCCUGUACAAAACUGCUGGCAGUGGAAUGGAAAUGUCUCCCCGUGUCCUCUGUUUUCCUGUGACUACAGCUGAAUUUAUGAUGCUGAACGUGCCAAGAUGUUUGGGAUCACUGCAUUCAUAUGAAAGCCUUUUGAACACACUUUCUUUUGCAAUUUUAACUCUUUCUUGCUUGACUUCCAAAAUUUUCAUGUUGGUAUUAGUAAACAGUUCACAGUGAUUUUAAAAACCUUUCUAGAAGUAACUUGGAGUUGGCAGUUCACUACAGGGCUUGGAAUUUCUUGCUGAGAAUUGGUCACCUGAGUUCACUCGAUUUUCAUGAAUCUGCUGAAAGUGUAACUAUGGAGGCACCAAAACAAACGAACAAAAAAUACUAGACCUUACAUUUUUUUAAAAUUCACCUUGAAAGAGUAAGAUGGUGCUGUUGAGGACUCCAUCCUAGGUUAUAAAGGGAUAUUUAAGUGUGUGCAGAAUGACUGGGGCUCUUUGGUCACUGUGAAGAUGAAUGACCAUCUCCUUCCUAGGAUACAGCACUGAAGGUUGGAGGAAGAGCUGCUGCUCCCUGCACAGUCACACUGGGCUGCAGGUUAUCAACUGAGCCUAAAAAGGGAGGUGUGAGUGCUUUUAAAAUGAGCCCACGGGUUUGUAUUUAUAAAUGGGAGAGCUCUUUUCAUUUUUCCACAGGUGCUUGAUUUAGAAAGAGCCUGGAUCCAGGGAACAGGAGGAGGAGAGACCAUACUACAGGGGGAAGGAAGCUCUUGGAAAACUGGGAAACAUUCAGUUCCCUGGUCACGCCCUGUGUCCUGCCCUGGGGCAAAGAGCCCCACUCCAGUGGGCUCAAAGAGCUCCUGACUUGGUUUAUGCUUUGGAAAAGAACUUUUCCAGAGACUGCUGUGCAGGAAUAACCAGGGAAAUAAUCCAUCAUCUCCCAAGGGCUGAAGCUUCUUCCCAGCACAGCCUGGGCUCAGCCUCCCCCUCCCGGAGCAGCAGCUCUGCAGAGGCAGGACCAGGUUGUUCCUGUGAAACACAAGCUGCCAACUGCUCCUCUCAGCAGCAGGUUUCAAGUCCCUUGUAGCAUCUGGAAAACUGCCAUUUUCCUGCUUAAAUGCAGCAAGGAAGGAUGAACAUGCACAUAACAGCAAGGCCUUCUGAGCCUGUGUGUGAUUGCACGGCCACAAGCCUGGAACUGCCCCAGGGCCCUGGACAAGACACCAGAGGCUGUGUGACAAAAACAACAGUUGGCUUAUCCACAGAAAACAAACAAAUAGAAAUUCAAUACAACACAACCCCCCACACAAACAAAAACCCAACACCAGCCACCAUUUCCUGGCCUGCAGGAUUAGAUGAGAGAGAAGAGCUUGAGAACGUCACGUAAAAGCCCUUUCCUUCCUCAAAACCAAAAUAAACACUAAGAUAAUUCUUUAAGAACAGCCCCACGAGCAUGAGCUGUGGUAAAGCUCUAUCUGAACAUGAGCCUGCUGUGAGUGGCAAGCUUAGGACAGCUCUAACGAAGACAUGACAGUCACAAUAUCCCAAAAUACAGUGACCUGCCAUCACUUUUUAACUGUUCUCACCACUUAGUUUCUCUAAACAGAAUUUGAGUUUAUAGAGAUAAGAUACAUUUAAUCCCCUUUGGGUGAACAGACCAAAACUGUUAAGAAGAGUUUGGACAAAAACCAGUUAAUGAAUCCCAAACUGUUGAAGCAAUCCAACUAUAAAAACUUGUUUAAAAAAUUCCUGGCCUCAUCCAAAGGGUGUGUGUGUGUAUGGCAACUUGGAAAAAGGGAAAAGUGGAUUAUUGCUGAACUUUAUAUAAAUGGAAGUGUUAUCUGUGGAAAAAACUGCCAGGAAAAUCCCUAACUGUUCCCUCCUGCCUCUGCAUCCCCUCCCAUCCACCCACUCACAGACACCACCUGGACAUGUACUUUUACACUCUCAGUUUUCUUCCAGCUUUUGACUUUUAACUGGUAUAACCCAGGCUCCAUACCCCAAACAGACCCAAACCCCUACAUUUCUCCUGGCAGAAAUUAUGGUAACAUCACAGUGUUAUGAAAUUAAACCAGAGCUUUUAAAGUUAAAGGCGUUUCCUGUGACUGAAAAGUUCACAUUCCUAAAGCAAAAUGAGGCUGCAUUCCCAAAGAGAAAAGGCAGAAAUAAACAUACUUACAGGACUGCCAUAAUUCCCUAUUUGUUAAAUCAUUUAUGGUGACCAAUCUUUCGUUGGAAUUAUUGCAGGAUUGUACUGACCUUCAGUAAUUCUUCCUUUUUUACAUUCUCUUGGAAUUUUUCUUGGGAUUAAAAAGAUCCAACCAUGUGUGCAAUAGCUGAUUAUCCCCUGAAAAAAACUGAAGCAUUUUUUACACAUUUUGGGGCUACUGCUUUACUGUCUUCGUGACCCAAAACCAAGAGGCAGCUCUCAUCAGACAGUCCCUGAAGAAUUCCCAGCAGAGCAGCUUUCCCGUGGCCAGUUUGCAUUUCCCCAACAUGUUAUGGAUAAGCUGUGCCCCUGUAUUAACUGAGAAAAGGAAUUUACUCUGGCACUGAGAGCAGUCACAGGACUGAACAAUGAAGUGUUGAGCAACAAGGAAAACCACUGGGCAUGUUCUACACAUGAUUAUCACAUUCCUCAGCUGCAGCCACCCAUCUGUUCCCUCGCCUGUGGGGAUGGCAGACGGAGUUUCCCCUUGGAUAAGCUGAGCUGACCAGAGCUGGAGUUUUCCUGCUCAGUGAACUGUACUUUGCACACUUUGUAGAAUCACGGACUGGGUGAGGCUGGGAGGGGCCUCUGUAGCUUACCUAGACCAGCUCCCAGUCAAACCAACCUUCCCCUGAGAAGACAAACAACUGGUUUGUGACACAUCAGGCCUCAAACCCCAUUUUUAUUAACUAAGCUGAACUAGGUGAGGAUGGCAAAUACAAAAUAUCUCAUCAUGUAGCAACAGCCCCAAGUUGCUUUUAUUCAUAUUAAUCCCACUAGUGUGAAACUGCUUAAAAAACACCUUUAGCCUGUGCCAAACUAUUAGAACACUAAGUCAUCUUAACCAUUGAAUAAUGUUUUUAUGUUACAGUCUGCAAUAUUAUUUAUGGUUAUAGUGGCCAAAUGGUUACAAUUAAAGUCAAAUGUAGCAGUUCUGCCUACAAAAGGGCUGUGUAUUAUCUGCUGUGAAUGUAACAGCAAAUGCAAACUUACAUUUCCAGCGUAAAUUGUUAAAAAUAAAAACUGCCCACCAGUGAUUCUAACAGCAGACUGAUAAAAAAAGGUGAUCUGUGAGCUGUAUAAAGAUCUACAAACCCACUGUGGCUGUAGUUUAUCCCAGUGCUUCCAAGAGUCAGGGCCAACAGCCAGAGUGCUGAACAUGGACUAGUCUUAAAAGUCUCAGUCCAAAAGUUGUCAGUGCAUUAAUGCUCUGAACAGUUGCUCAGGGGGUAACCUGCUUUUGAAAAUACCCAGAGGAAAUGGGCUACUUUAUUUUCAUGUAUGGUGAGAAUAUAACAAAUAACUGUAGAGUCUCCUAACAGAGGUAACACAGAACAGUAAUUUUCUUUGUCUGUGUAGAGGUUGGUUUUUGAGAGUGCAGCUGAACCAUUUGUUUUGCUGAAGAACCUUCUUUACAGCACAGCUGAGCUGCAACACCAGUCCAGCAGCAUGUAAAGGACAUCCUAACUGAUUCAAGGGCUGAAGUAACAUUGGAGAGUGAACCACAAAUCCAACUCCAGGAGCAAACCUUAAAACGGAGUUUCCAGUAACUGAUUUAACAGUUGUUUUGACUGCAGUAGGGGAAAUUGGAUAUCACAGGUUAUCUUACAACAUUCUUCCCUCUAGUGAAACGAAAAGUGAACCAGCCACCGAGUUUGUCAGUUUGCAGGGGAGAAGGGACAGCACCAAGGCAGAAAUGGCAUCACUUCCAAACUGUACAGGGGAACCAGAGGGGCCUGUGCUACACUGCACCAGGCAGAGCCUCCUCACUAUCCACUACUGACAAAAGCAGUUGUGUCUGAUCCUAAAUACAUCACAACAGAAAAACAUCCUUUAUAACAUGGCUCGCUCGCCCUGAGUGGAGGCUGCCACAGGAAGGUGAAGUAGAGGAAGCUACUCCAUCAAUACAGAAACCUGAGCUCCUGAAAGGAUAAAAUAACAUCUUCUUCAGUUUUGUCUCACCUCUGCCAGGUUUAAUCUGAGUACUUUUGUCCCUCUUAUGUAGCUCACUGUAAAUCUGACCAGAUUCCUGUGGCACUGGCUGCAAGAACUACACGAGGUCAAAUAGUAACCAGAGGGAAAAAACCAGACCCCAAACCACUGGCUAAAGCAAACCUGGCAGGUUAUCACACAUGCCUAGAGUCAAUACUGAGCUUUUCCAUACUUGGAAAAAAAAAUAAAAUAGGCAGGAAUUGCUUGUUUGGCAAUAACUGCUGAAGUUUUUCCCUCCUUUGUGUCCAGCUCCUCCACACAACCCUGCCAUGGGCUUUAAAUCCACGCCAAGUUUUGUUCUGGAAAAAUUCACACUGCUGUAAACAUCUGCUGAUUAAACAUCAUGAAAACAUAACCAGCCAUAUUCCUCACCUAACCCUGGGCUCUCAGCUUUUUAGUUCAGCAGUUUGCUCUCCUAGCUGAUAUGUUUUGCUGCAGUAAAGGGUGAAGGCCCCUUUGAAGCCGUAAGGGCUCGUUAAAGGAGAUCUGCAGGUUUUAAUCAAAGCAGCAGCUCCUGCUCCUCAGCCCUGUGUGCAGAGAGAGGGGAAGGCACAGAGCUUUCCUGUGCACAUCACCUCCCAAACCCAGCCACGCUGCACAGGUGCACCUGCUACCAAGUCCUGGGAAAAGAAGAACAGAUGAACUAAAAAGCAGUGGCAAAAAAACCCAUCAGAAAUAACUCUGGUUUCCUGGUGUCAUUUCUAGCCCAAACAUUAAUCAUAUGUUUUCUACAUUUAGAUUUCUAGGAGCAUAUGUUUUGUCUGCCGUGCUCAUUUAACUAAUAGAAGUUCUGUUGAGAAAAUGUGAAAUAAAAUUGGCAGUAAAGUGA